UCAGCUACAAUGCUGCACUUAGCGCGUGCGGGAAAUGCGAGCAGUGGCAGCGGGCUUUGGCGCUGCUCGGCAGGAUGCCGCAGGCGAAACUGGAGCCCGACGUCGUCAGCUACAACGCCGGCAUCAGCGCCUGCGAGAAAGGCGGGCAGUGGCAGCGGGCUCUGGCGCUUCUCAGCGAAAUCGGGGAGGCGAGAAUCAAGCCGACUGUCAUCACUAGGCUACAGCGCUGGGAUCAGCGCGUGCGAGAAGGGGGAGCAGUGGCAGCGGGCCCUGGCGCUGCUCGGCAGGAUGUGGGAUGCGAAGCUGGGGCCCACCGUCAUCAGCUGCAGCGCUGGGAUCAGCGCCUGCGAGAAAGGCGGGCAGUGGCAGCGGGCCCUGGCGCUGCUCGGCGACGUGCGGGAGGCGGUGCUGGAGCCCGACGUCUCAGCUGCAACGCUGGGAUCAGCGCGUGCGAGAAGGGCGGGCAGUGGCAGCGCGCCCUGGCGCUGCUCGGCGAGACGUCCGAGGCGCGGUUGGAGCCCAGUGUGAUCCUACAACGCUUGCAUCAGCGCGUGCGAGAAUGGCGAGCAGUGGCAGCAUGCUCUGUCGCUGCUCAGCGAGAUGUGCGUGGCAAUUCUAAAGCCCACCGUCAUCAGCUACAGCGCCGGGAUCAGCGCGUGCGAGAAGGGCGAGCAGUGGCAGCGGGCCCUGGCGCUACUCAGCGACAUGUUGGAGGCGAAGCUGAAUCCCAAUCCCUGGUCAGCUACAGCGCUUGCAUCAGCGCGUGCGAGAAGGGCGAGCAGUGGCAGCAUGCUCUGUCGCUGCUCAGCGAGAUGCGGGAGGCGACGUGGAACGACGACGUGAUCGGCUACAGCGCCGGGAUCAGCGCCUGCGAGAAGGGCCAGCAGUGGCAGCGGGCCCUGGCGCUGCUGCUUGAGAUGCGGGAGGCGAAGCUGGAGCCCAACGCCACCUCAGCUACAGCGCUGGGAUCAGCGCGUGCGAGAAGGGCGGGCAGUGGCUGUGGGCACUGGCGCUGCUCGGCGCGAUGCGGGAGGCGAGGCUGGAGCCUGACGUUUCAUCUGCAGCGCUGUGAUCAGCGCGUGCGAGAAGGGCGAGCAAUGGCAGUGGGCCAUGUCUCUGCUCAGCGAGAUGCGUGAGUCUGGGUUGCAGCCGAAUGCCAUCAGCUACAACGCUGGGAUCUGCGCGUGUGGUAGAUGCGGCCAGUGGCGGCAGGCUGUGUCGCUGCUCAAUGAGAUGCGGCAGAGCAACAUGGAGCCGGACGAAGACAGUUACGACUUGAGCAUCGCUGCGUAUGAGAGGUCAUCUCGCAACUCGGCAGGAUUUCCAGGCUAUCUUCAACUCGGUGUUGCGCGGUUUCGAAUAUCUUGAGAAGCACUGCGCGUCCGGGACCCUGCCGGGCAACGAAUGUGAUUACGUCUACGGACAUUUGUUUUAAUUGUGACAGCGGCAGCCCGUCCCACAGGAAGUCAUGUUGGAUGCCAUUGCAUGGGUCCGUCUUCGUCGUCUACAGCGCCUGGAUCAGCACGAGCGGUAGGCGAGCAGCGAAAGCGGACCCUGCCGCUGCUCGGCGAGAUGGUGGCGUGCAGUUGGAGCUCAACGUCGGCAGCGGCUCAGCGAGAUGUGAGACGCGACGUCGGUGGCCAGUGCGACCUUCAGUUGCGGGUCUGGGCGAAGCUUGUGUCGGGCAUGAGCGUGGCGCGCGA